GUGAUUGACUAUGAGCGGUGCCUCUUCCAUUCUUCUCUCUCCUAGUCGUCAACCUGUCGCCUCUCCAGGCAGCACUAUAAAGCAAAUAAGCGCCAACGCCCCCGUUUUCGAUGGCGCCGAAUCUCUCGAAUUGCCAGAGGCUGUGAUGCCAAUGCUCGAUGGUGUGGAGGAGAACUCUACCACGGCCUCGUCGAGUGAUACUACUAGGGAUGCCAGCGAGUCUUUCGUCAUUGGUGUGGCUGGUGCCUCAGCCGCUGGCAAGACCAGUCUUUGUGCCGAGAUAAUGCGGAGACUAGGCGUUAAGAAAACGCGUACGGUGACCUUCUCGACCGACCAGUACUACAGGACUUUGUCUAGAGCCGACCACGAAGUGGCAUUGAAAGGUGACUUCAACUUCGAUGAUCCGAAUCGGCUAGACUUUGCGCUUAUGCGCGAGCAUCUCCUGGCCUUGAAAAGGAAGGAGCCAGUGGUCUAUGUUCCCGAGUACGACUUUGUCUCUCAUACGCGAACAGACAACGCCACAGUCAUUCAUGGAGCCAAAGUGGAGGUUAUUAUAGUCGAGGGCAUUUUCGCUCUUUAUGUACCCGAGCUCGCAGAUGUGCUAGACAUGAAAGUUUUCACACAAGAGGAUGCAGAUCUGUGCCUGGUGCGACGAAUCAAGCGUGACUGUGGAGAGAGGGGCAUUUCAGUGGAUGCCACGUUGACCCAAUAUGAAGCAUUCGUGAAGCCAGCGUUCGAGACGUUCAUUCAGCCGUCUGCCCGUAAUGCGGACAUUAUAGUGCCUCACGCAGCGGUGAACGACGUUGCGAUAAGUCUCCUAGUGCAAUGGAUCGAGUCUAGACUCUCCAACAUAAGGAGCGCCAGCGUGUCGGUGGCGUCGGAGCCGGUUGGGCCUGCUCCGCCAAAGCUCGCGGUCGUCGCUCCGUGCGAUUAGGCAUCCACCUUGUGUGCCACGAGGACAAG